AUGCUCCAACUCAAAACGUUAACAGGGAGUGACAGAGAUUAUAUUAUAGAAUUGAAUCAAAAUUAUAGCAGUACCCAGAAUUCUAAUGAUAGUAGAGGAAAAGUUGCAAAAAUGAGGAAUAAAUUUCAAGAUUUGUUAAAUGAGGUAUAUAAAAAUCAAUCUAACUCUAAACCUCAAUAUACGGAGGCAAAAUCUCUAAAUGAAAUUGAUUACCUCAAAAAAAUAUCAACUAAUCAAGGUGAGAAAACCUUGAAUAAUUCAAAUUUAUUGGAUGGACAGCCAGUGUUUCCUAAAAAUUUAGGAUCCUUACCUCCAUUUUUAUUAAAAGCAUCUAUUGGAACCGGUCUUACAUCCCCGACUAAUCAUAAAAAUUUAACUUUUAAUAUAAAUAAAACCACAUUCAAAACGGAAAACUCUAAGGCAAACAUUAAUGAAAACAACAAUAUUAUAGCAAUAAAAGGCUCCCAAAACAAUAAUUUGGAAAAACUUUCUGAAAGUGUAUUCAGUAAUGGUUAUAUUCAAAAUUCUGAUAAAAAUUUAUCCAGCGCAAAAUUUUACAAACAAGUUCAAAAUAAAAUCAAGAAUGAUUACGAUAUAAAUGAAUAUAAUUUAAUCGGAAAACAAAAUUCCUUUGUUAAUACUACUACCAGCAAAAAUAAAAUCAAUACUGACCAAUUAGUUAAAGAAAAUAAGAUGUGCAAUGAUUCCUUAGAAACAAAAAUUAAAGAUUUUAAAUUUUCAUUUUCUCAACCCAUUAAUUAUAUUAACAAACAAAUAGAUGAUGCAUCCGAAUAUAGAAACAACUCUGAUAAACUCAAAUUAAGUUUUUUUAAUCAACCGAACCUGGCAGUAAAUUUGCCAUUUAUGCCCUUAUACGUUGAUAGAUUCCACAGUAAAGGAAACAAUAUUCAAUAUACAAAAAAAAAUUAUCCUUAUGAUAAUAAUUCGGAUAAUUAUUUAAAUCUUUCUGAUUAUGCAUCAGCAUCAUCUAAAGUCAAUAUUCAUAAUAUCGAUACCCUUAAUGGCCACAUGGAUUUUGUAAAAACCAAAAAUUUCAACACUUGUUCAGAACCAAUUAAAUUUAUUCCUCCUAAAUCUAUGGUUCAUGACACUUAUUUAAGCAACGAAUUAUCAGCAUUUAAUAACCAGAAUGAAACUGAUAAAAAUCAAAAGCUUGAUAAAGAAACUUGCAAUCUCAUUACAUCUCUAGCUUAUUACCGUACACUAUCCCCGACAUUAUUGAAAGCUAAUUAUAAUGAAAAUACAAAGCUUACAAAAGAUAACAAGGCAAAUAUCUUUGACUCAAACAAAGACAAGAGCCUAAAGCUUAAGGAAACACUUAAUGAAGGUAUCUCGAUCUUAUCAUUCCCACUUUCAAUACAGAAUGAUAUGUCUGCCGAUGAGACUUUAAAAGAUAAAAUUAUUCACCCUCCUUUAUCUGAUUCCCCUCCAACAAUUAACGAUUUAACAAUUGAAGUAUAUGUCAAUACCUCCAAAAAAAUUGAUAACUUAUUACAAACUGAAUUAAAUAACUCUCCCUUCUGUAACUUAAUAUCCCCUUUAAAUAUUUCCCCGCAGUAUAAAAAUUGCAAAAAUCUUGUAAUCCCUCCCUUUAAACAAAAUGAUAAACCGGGCUGCAUAAAUAGUUUUGAUGAAGUCAAUAAACAUUCUCAAUCUUAUAAGUUUGCAAAAGAGAUAGUCAAUUUAUCAGAAGCGUUUCGCCAUUUAGAUGAUCGUUAUUUUCGAAAAAAUGAAUUCCUUUCACAAAUAGGAGUCUUGGAGAAUCGACCUUUAUUAAAAAAAGAUAUUUUGCUUUCCCCAUUAGAGAUAAAUAAAACGGAUUCAGAAAAUAAUUCGAAUAAUCUACUGAAUAACGGGUCAGAGAUGGCAAUAGAAAAUAAAAAGUAUGCUGUAAUUGUUAUUAUUAACAUAAUGUCAGUUGAAUUUUUUAGGGGCCCCGAGAUUUCGUGUAUGCCAUUCCAUAAAGCCUUUAUUGAGGCUGUCGAAUUAUCCAAACGCAACAUAUAUUCGCAAUUAGAAAACGUAGUUCCUGAGGGAACUUCGGCAAAGAAGCGAUAUACUUUAAAAAACUUUAGAUGCAAAGAAAUAAAUGAUAUAUCCAACGACUCCAAUGGUUUAUUUGGUAUGUGUAAAAUUGAUGAAGAUAUUUCUCCUGAAAUUGAGAAAAGGCAAUAUUCCUCAAUUUUGGAAUAUUUAAAAUCAUCAGAUAAAAAUAAUGAAUUGAAAAAAAGUGGCACCCACCUCCAAAAUAAAUCCUAUAGAGUGAAAUUUAGUUCUAAUCCUAUUCAAAUUUUUAAUACUUAUUCGAUUUCGGAAUAUGAUAGAAAAAAUGAAGAAAUAAAUCCUUUGUUGGCAUCCGCAGAAUACGAACUUGAAAAAAGAUUAGAGAAUAUGGAUAUAUUUCCCGUGGAAUUAGUAAGAGAUCAAGGAGGAUUGGGUAUCAACAUAAUUGGGUUAGGCAUUGGGUCAGAAAUUGGUAUGCAAAAACUAGGCAUUUUUGUUAAAGGGCUAACACCGAACGGUUCGGCCUUUAAAGACGGAAGAAUUAAAGUUUAUGACCAAAUUAUAGAGGUAGAUGGAAAAAGUUUAGUAGGAGUUACGCAAGAAUAUGCUUCUGAAGUUUUGACAAAAACCCAUGGUUUAGUAAAAUUUAUGAUUGGUAGAGAAAAGCUACAUGAUCUUGAAAAGAAUGACACUAAUAGCUCUUACCAAAGCAUCAUUCAUAACAAUCUUCACUAUGACGAUUAUUAUACGGAUAUGUCAAAAUGUGAGUUACCGUUUGAACAUAUAAAGCACAAAAAACUUCUAAAGUCUGGUUCCUAUGAAGAUGAAUCAAAAAUAUCUAUACUAUUGAAAACGGUGAAGGAUGAUUAUGAUUCAUUAAAAUUUGUAAAUUCGGAAAAUCCCACCAAAUAUGCAAAUAAAAUGAUGUUUGAAAGGCUGGAUGGUUUAAAAAUCAAGCACGAUCGGUUUCAGCGGUGCCGCCAUAAGACUACAAACUCAGAUGGUGUUAAAGAUUCUGAUAAAGAGAUUAUUUCUGUACCAAAAGAUAAACAACUUAGUAAUGGUAAAAUUGGAAAUAAAAAUUUUUCGCAACAUACGAUCAAAGAAAAUGUCAAGAACCCUGACAGGAAUAGGGACAAAAACAAAAAACCUAAAACAACAUAUUCUCUUAAAAACUUAGGAUCAUUAGGACGGAAGCAAGGCAACGAAUUAAUAACCCAUUUAAAACAAAAUAAACAAUUAUUAAAUGAUGCAUUUAAACAUAACUCAUAUAAAAGUGGCUCCAAUGAUAAUAUCAAUGCAUAUAAUGAAGAUCCUCCUGAAUCAAAAUCUAACAAGGAAAUAACUGCGAAAUACGAUGCAGCUAAAGGCCUAAUAUUAGCCUAUCAAAAUAAACAUAAGUACCUUCUGGAAAAUUAUAAUCAACAAAAUAGACAAUACCAAGAUAUGAUUAAAUCCUUGGAGGGUCGGGUGAAGACGUUGGAAAAGUUUUUGAAAGAUGUGCCAAACGAACCAAUAAGAAAUAACGAUUUGAGAAAGAAAUUCAGCUCAUGGAGAACGGAACAUCACUUAAAUAAAGAACAAUAUAACAAUAUGUCAAAUAUGUCGCAAGGAAAAAAGUUGAAAGAGUUGUUGAACGGUAAAAUGACAAAAAUAUGGCGUAAAAAGCAUUAUUUGUUGAAAAAAAUGAUAUCAUCAGGAAAAUCAAGUCUUAUUAGACGAUCAUAUGAACAUAUGGACACGCUGGAAGAGUCAGAUUUGUUCAAUAAUGACAUUGACGAAAACGAUAAUAUAAUGAAUGAAUCAUUGUUUAUGGAAUCUGGUAUGAGCAAUGAAAUACAAGCUUAUUUGCGUCAGCCCAUGAAUGGCUAUAUUAAUAGUGAAAGAAAACUCCUACCGGUAAAAGUGGAAUUACCGUUGUAUCUAAGCGGUUUAGAAACUUGUGAUGAUGAUAUAAACGAAGUAACUGGCAAUCAAAUUAUCAAUGGGAAAAAAAAUUCUUCUUAUCAUAAAAUUGAAUUGGAACAUCAAAUUGAAUUGGAACAUAAACUUGAUUUAAAUAAUUAUAUCGAUAAAACUGUUAUAAAUGAGAUAUUACUUACUUGCCAAGCAACACCUUCAUUACUGACAAACACAUAUAUGACAUCAUCCUCAAUUUUAAAAAAUAAGAGUACAUAUAACAUAAAGGACCUCUUAUGUCCUGUAUCCAUUCCUCUAAAUGAUUCCAAAAAUGUUAAUGUAAAUAAUUUAAAUCAAACUAAUUUAGUUAUUGAAUCAAAAUGUCCUUCAUCAACAUCCCCAGAUUCUGUAUCGUUAAUAUCAGAGGAGGAGUCUCUAAAAAAAGAUAUGAACCAUAUAGUAAAUUUUCAUACAAUUCAUCAUAAAAAUCAAACAUUCCAUGAAGAAAACAUUAUUAAUGUAACUACAAAUAAUAGUGAUGAUUUUAGUAAUAUAAGAAAUGAUUUUGAUGUUCGAAAUAAUGAUAUAUUAGUAAUUAAUGUAAAUAUCAAAAAUACUUCCGAACAAAUUAUAAAUGACACUUAUAAUACAUCUGGAUUAGAUAAAGUUGAUGAUGGAUUUUAUUCUAAAAUCUCAAACAUAUAUUAUGCGAAUGAGUCAAAAAUUGAUAACUCGGUUGAUGAUAAAUCUAAAAUCGAUGAAUUAGAAUGUAAAAAAUCUCCCAUAAUUUUCCAUGAACGCUUAAAAGAAACACCCUACAAAAAGGACUCGUUAAAAUUUAAUACGGACAAUGAAGAUAAGGAUGAUGAUCCAUUGCUAAACUUAUUCGAAAAAUCUGAUUUUUCAUUAUCAGACGAAAUUAUUGGUAUGCUUGAAAGUCGUUUGAAUCCUAUAUUAGGUACAAAUUAUUAG